AAACUAGACCAAUAACCUCAGCCUUUUUCCUUUGCUCUUGGCGUGACAUCCUCCAUUUUACCAUCAAAUUUUUACCGGUUUGUCGAAGUACUCCUACUAGAACCGGCCCAGAAGUUUUUAAAGUUCACUCACUAACACACAGAAAGCAAAAGUCAUGUCUUGGGAUGCAUAUAUAUCAAACCUUGAAACCGCUGGGUGUAAAUUUGCUGCCAUAGUUGGACUAGACAGUUCGUUCUGGGCAGGUAACUUCAGUCCUUCAGCUGAUGAGAUAAGAAUAUUGGUUAAACUCGCCACAAAAGGAGGAGAAACAAGUAAUGGCAUCAGGCUGGGUGGUUGGGACUACACCGUUGUUAGUAUGGAAGUCAACGAAAACAUUAAACUGAAAAGAAAGAACUGCUCUCCAGAGGAAAAGUAUUUUGUUUACUGUGGAGUUACGAAGAAAGCAAUAGUUAUUGGGGCUGUUCCUACAGGAGCCAACGAGAGAAAUUGUUGUGUGGUUGUCGCUGGGAUUCAAGAUUAUUUAAUUAAUGCAAAUUAUAUGUCCUGGGAGCCGUAUCUUGCUCAACUGCAGUCCGUUGGAGUGGAAAUUGGUGGUCUAUAUGGAAAAAAUGGAGCAUUAUGGGCAAGUCAUCCUGAAUUCCAGUGUAAUCCAAAUGAAAUUUUGAUAGUUGUAGAUGCAUUGACCAGUUUUAACGAUAAUAUUUACAGUACAGGGCUCAUACUUUCUGGAAAACGCUGGACAGUCAUUAGACGAGAAAACGAUGUUGCAGUGUUGAUUCUAAAAGGAAAGGAUGCCGACAAUAGUAAAACAAAUCUCAUCAUAGCUCUAUCAGGAAUGGCAGUUGUAUGUGGAGCAAAUAAAAAUGAGGACGUUUCUGCCGGAGUUAUUCGAAAUGGAGUAGAACGAGUUCGUGAUUAUCUUAAAUCUGUGAAUUAUUGAUCAUGUGACUGUCAUGUGACUCGUCAUGUGAUAUGAAAGUCAUUGUACGUGAUACCAGAAGACAUUAAAACUUUUUUAUGUGUAGUCACAUGUAAAGAUAUCCGUCCAUGUUGCUUAGUAAACCCUGUAACCAUAACAAUUUAAACCUGUAUGAUCCCUUAAAGGUCAUAUAAAUACUUCAUUAGGUCUUCUGUACUGACUGGUCACGUAGUUGAUCACAUGACUGUCAUGUGACUGUUGAUGUAAAGGUGAUCGAAUGAUUGUGACUGCAGGACCUGCACUGCCAUAUUUAGCAACUGUUCUUUAUGUGUCGUAACUAUUUAGAUUUUAAAAAAAAUAUAGGAUGGAAGGAGUUAUCAUUCAUAGCUGUUAUUACGGAGUUGAAGAGAUAGUAGGAUUAAGUAAAACGUAGAAUGAAAAUAUUUGGUUUUUUUUUUUUGGUUAACAUCUUGGCUUAACUUCAGUAUCAGUUCCAAGAAGAUAUUAAUGAGAUAGUAACUACCAAUACCAAUGACAAGCGACUUAACUUGACGCUUGCGUAAGAGCAAUGAGGAGUUUUACCAAGAUGAUUAUAAUUGUUAGUCUGUCAUCUUUACUAAAUUCAGGGAUGUUGAUAUUUUCAAGAUUUUAAAUCAAAGUCUAAAAUGAAACUAUUUAAACAACAAGUAUUUUUGACUACAGCCACAAAAUCGGAUCUUCUUCAUUAUUGUUAUUGCACUCUAUAGAAUCCCCCCUCCCCCUGUUUACGAAAUUCCAAUAUCCGUACAGUUGUCUGCCUAUCUUCAUCCCUGAUUUUAUUUUAUGAAAAUAAUAUAUAUCUUUAGAUUUUAAAUUUAUUUUAAAGAAGUGCAUCCCAUAUUGAAUAUUUUUUAAAUGUAUAUUAUAUUUUAUUUCGCUGCUUGCUGUAUUUAAAAUUUUUAUUUGCUGAGGAAGGGCUCUAGGACUUGGUUGUCAUGCUUUUGUAUGGAAUAAACUGGACAGAAACACUCAAA